CAUGGAGGGACGAGUGUAGUCCAAUAUUCGAACCGCUGAGAGAGUGUGAUUUGCCCAAAGCCGACCAAUGGGUUUGCAUGGCUGAGCUGGGAUUCGAACCCCGGUCUCCGGAGUUGAGCCACUCUGCCACGGGACGGAAACCAGGACAACGUAUGGUCAAGCAACAUCGGAGCGUGAUCAAGAUGGCAGACGUUACGGGUGAAGAACAACACGAGAGCUAGGAGGGGUCGCAAAAGCGCACAUGAACGCUGAGCCUCCUGGGAAGGGCACGGUCCUGCCCUUUUCACGGCCAGGACAGGAUUCGAACCUUGGCCUUGCUGUUCUCAAAACCGCCAUACGCUAUUCCAGCACAAAAAGCCAGAAGAACUGUCAGCGGUUUGCCCUUGUUAUGGAUGCGCCACCGGCGUCUCCCCAACCUUUGGGCCGCGCACAGAAGGUCUCAUUAAAUCUCACUGGACUUUGCCUAGACGCGCAGGUGGCAAAGCCAAGCGGCCGUGUGCCAAAGCUCCUUCUCCGAGGCCUGUUUGCAAAGGCCUCCUUGCAGCUGGCCUCCGGGGAUCAAGGAAGCGAAGCUGGCGAGGGAGAAGGAGGCACCCACGAAGGACGAAGGCCACAAAUGAUUCCCUCAAGAUCAUCUCUUUCUCAUCACCGCCAUUCCUGUCUUCGUCAGAUCCAAGCGCCAGCUCUGCUCCACUUCUGCGUUAUUCUCACAGUUGGGUUUCUGAAGAGCAAGGCAAAAUUUAAAGACAUAGCCAUGUCAGUCUGUAAAACCAGCACAUAGAUCUUGCAGCACCUUUGAGACCAAAAGAAAGAAGUUGGCAGCAGGAGCUUUCCUAGGCUUACGUCUAUUGCUCCCUCAGAUACAUUGGCAGAGAACAUGUCAUACAUAUUCAAAGAUAUAGCCGCGCUAGUCUGUAGAAUCGGUACGUAGAGAUAUUGCGGCACCUUUCAGACUCACCGAAAGAAAGAAGUUGGCAACAGGGAGACUGAAGUCUAUGGAAGCUCAUGCCGCCAACUUCUUCAUUUCAAAGGUCUAGUGUUACGUCUUUAGAUGAAGUGCGUAGAGAGAUCUUGCAGCACCUUUGAGACGCAGGGGUCCUAAAGGCUGUUUGCCAUAGGAACUCCACAUCCUGCAACAACUCCAAAGAGACCCACCUGCUUUGUACUUAAGACCGCCAUGUGCCAAUGCUCUGCUUGGGAUCGCACAUUUCCCAUCUCCCCUCUUUUACACCUCUUUGCAAACCAGCCCAAACUAGGUCCAAGCCUAGGAGGCCUGGAAGGCGGAAGGUGAGCUUAUCUUGCUCUCGAUCGCCCAGCUUCACAGGUGUGUCAAGCUCUCGGUUACACGCCGGACCCGGCUGGUCAUGAUUAAUUGGUUUCCCUUUUUAGUGGCGUUUUAGACGGAUUCGCAAGAAGGGCGCUGUGUUUUCGGCCACGGCAGUCUCAAACUAGGUCCUACCAGCUUUUGGGCUUUGACGCAAAGGGCAGAAACUCCGUUGUAAGCAGUUAAUCUCUGGACGGCACAGAGGACACACGCAGAGGUUUUCCCGCGUCAAAAGGUUGCGCAAGCUGCCAUAACGCUUAAUCGAGUUGCACCGAAAGCUCGACGCAGUUUUUGCUGUUUGCUCAAACAGACAGAUCCUCUUUUACAAACGUCCUGACCAGAACGCAUCCAGGAUGGCAGGCAUUCUUUGCGGAACAGUGCUCUUCACAUCAAUGCUUUUGCCAGGCCUUGUCACAGGCCUAGAGCUGGCGAUCAAUGGCAUCCCUGUGGACCACAAGCUCCCGACGGCGCCUGGCCUGGCUCAGUCCCUCUGGUGCACCGUGCGAAACCACAGCCAAGAGGAGGAGCUGGUCUGGCUCCGGGGGGACGGGGCGGUCAGCCUGAAGGAUGGGAACAAAAUGAACGCCAGCAACCUCUGCGUCUCCCCGGUCACCGUGGAGGAGAACGGCGUGUCUUUCACCUGCAGGCUGGCCCGCGAUGGCUCCAUCCAGGUCUCGGUGGUCCUGGACGUCAUGUUCCCCCCGAUCCUAACAGGAGGAGACCCUCCUUCGGUGGAAGAGGAGAAAGAUGUGACCCUCGACUGCCACGCAAAGGCCAACCCACCUGCGCAGAUGACUUGGCUGAAGGACAACGGCACCCUGGCCCUGGAGAAAUCCCGCUACCAGGUCUUCCAGACCAGUGAACUCUUUCAGCUGAAGAUUCAGACCGCCCAGAAGUCGGACAGCGGGGUCUACACCUGCCUGGCUGAAUCUGCACUUGGGACGGAAAGGAGGAGCUUCCAACUGGCGGUCAGAGACAAAACUGUGCCUUUCCCAACGGAGGCGGUCAUCGCCGCAGCCGUCGUGGUUUUGCUGACUAUCCUCUUUGCCAUCACAGCUCGACGGGAAAGGAUUUUAAAGUGCUUCAAGAAGCCAAGCGACUCGCCCAGCAACACAGCCCUCUGAAGGCAUUCUUAUCUCAGAGCCACUGUCAUUGCCACGGAUCGCAGGGCUUUCCUUGCACGGACCCCAUACAUUUUAUUCUUCCAAGAUGAUCCACUGUCUACUAUGGGACUGCCGCUCCUCUUUUGUAUGGCUUACCUCUGUCGCUUGCCCUCUCAUUCCCUCCUCAUUUGGGAAACUGCGGCCGAUCAGAACUCAAAUGUACUAAUAAGAUAAAAGCAGAGCUCAGGGAUGUUACUUUUUGGGUUGGCAUCUCCCAGAAUACCCCAAUCGGAGUCUUCAUCCUGCCUAGUAACUUUCCCAACCUCGGAGUAAAAGAUUAACCGGGGUGUUGCCAUUCGACCCAAGUUGUAAACAUGCCGCUCAGUCUGUUUGGCUGCCAAUGCCUGUGGGAACGAGGACUCGGGAGGCAUUUCUUCUUCCCUCCUGGCAUCAGGCCACUGGCAUUUCCAUUUUUAAUCAGGCCUCGGAAAAUGCUUAAAGGAGCUUCUCUGAAUAAUUUUGAUUGACUCAUUAAGCGAUUGGCUCACACGCGCCCUUGGCUCUCGGUUUAUGCGCCUGAGUCACCCACAUUAAAUGCUUACCAACUAGUUCUCCGGUGCAGGUGGCAGGGGAGUUUCUAGGCCCUGCCCUGACCUUGUUUUUAAGGAGCUUUUUAGGACACUUUAGGGUGCAUCUACAACAUGGAAGCAAUGCAGUUUGGGACCACGGAGUGCUGUAGCCCCAUCCUGUGGAAUCCUGGGAUUUGUAGUUUCAUGAGAUCGUUAGCGUUAAGAGCGCUGGCGCCUCCCAAAACUACAGAACCCAAGAUUUGGACUGGAUGGCGCUUGUGGUCUCUUCCAACCCUAUGAUACAGUUAAAGUGGCGUCAAACUGCAUUAUUUCUGCUGCGAGAACCAGUGUGACACUGUGAUUUGAGUGCUGGACUAUGACUCUGGAGACCAGGGUUCAAAUCCCACUCAGCCAUGAAACCCACUGGAGAACCUUGGGCAAGUGGCACACUCUCAGCCUCAGAGGGAGACAAUGGCAAGCCUCCUCUGAACAAAUCUUGCCAAGGAAACCCCUCUUAGGGUUAGUUGGAAACGACUUGAAGGCACACAACACACACACAGAGUCAGAUGCACCGCAGCAGCAACCCUGUUUUCAGGUACUCCCUGAAAGGUUUCUUCUGCUGUGGGCCAAGCUACUGGUGUUAAAGACAGCAGUGGAGCCAGCAGGGGGGAAAAGAGCUGGCCACCUUUUCCAGCCACGCUCCUUUCCACAGCCACUUCCUCCUGGUUUACGCAGAGACCCACCUGCCACUAACCACACACACGUGUGUAAACCAGUUGUCAAAACAAGGAGAGCCUAGCCUGACUGCAUUCUGUGGUGACCUUUGGGUCAUGCCUCCUCCAAGGGCCAGGAAACCUCACGCAUUAGAGCUGACGCAGAGUCUCCCCGCUGGCAUUAGCAAAGGCCGGCUCGACACCAAAAGAGCAAUGCAACUGUUUCCCCAAGGAAUUUGGCUUGCGGAGCCUGUCCUGCCAGUAGGUUAACAGGUUGGCCGGCUCUCCUCCUCUCCUUCCGUCAUCUGCACAUGCCCACCUACGCACAUGGCAUCUUUUUUGGAUGCCACAUAGGCUUCCCUUCCACUCUUGCCUGGCAGCAGUGAGCCAAUCUAGCAGGGAAGAUUACAUCCUGAGCGUAAAGCAGGGCGCAAUAUCAAGAUCAAAAAGUCUUUCUGGACUCCACUUCCCGCAGAAAAGUUCCUUUUUCCAAGCUCUGGACCUAACUUUGCAGAUAUCUGCAGGGAAACACCAACCAAGGGUUUUGCACUUGUUGUGGGAGAUAAGCUAUGUGUAAAAACAUGUGACAGUUGUGAUAAGGGCUCCAUUUACACUGUAACAGCGGCUCCCAAACUUUGAUAUUGUGGACUUCAAGUCCCAGAAGAAGCCCCAGCCAGCUUGGCCAAUAUCUGGGGAGCUGAUUUGGAGACCCAAAGUUUGGACGCUCUUGCUAUAGAAACUGUGCAGUUUGACAUCACUUGAACCUCCAUGGUCCAUCCGGCAGAAUCCUGGGAUUUGUAGUUUGGUCCGGCACGCUUUGGCAGUGAAGGCUAAAGGCCCUGUAAAACUACACAUCCCAGGUGGGAUUCAAUAGGAUGGAGCUACAGCACUUAAAAAUAGCAGUGUCAAACUUGCAUUGUUUCGACAGCGUAGAUGCACUCCAUGACAUCUUCCGUCUUAGCGUUCAUUGCAGGAAUUGAUAAGAAAGCUGCCAACAUCUGUGGCCAACAUCUUCUGAAAUCUGUUUUGUACGUUUGUGGCUUUUUGGGCUCCUUUAAUAUAAAAAUUAAAGUGUUCGGAAAUGAUCUGGUCUGCGUAUUGUAACAGGUUUCUUUUAGUACCCUGCCCUUGUUGCUGUUGCUCUGUAACGCAAAGCGGUCUCAGUCGGUCCUCCAUCUUUCUUAAAGGUCCUACAUUUCAGGCUAAAUUUUAUCCUACAACUGUCCUACGUUUUGGUCUAAAUUUUGUCCUAUGUUUUGUCCCAGUUUUUAGCCGGGAAUGAUAGCAACCCUAUUUGAGAGUUGGAUUAUGUAUGGCUUCUAAGAAAAGAGAGUCGGAUGGUGAAUGCCGCCCAACAAAAAGGCUGACCCAGUUUGCAUCCCUUAUAAUUGCAAUCUCCAUCAGCCACUGAAUAUGGAAGGGAAGGAUCAGCAAUUCCAAUGGGAGGGAAUUGCACCUAUGUGAAACUUUAAAUGGAAAUGAAGGCCCUCUUCCUCCCUGAGGAGCGUUUUACGAGGCCGAAGGUGUGGUUCAAGGAAGAUCGAUUUAGUAUUUAAAUAAGGAGUAGUUAAAUAGGGAGGAACGUGCAAAACACU